AUGCCGGUGCCUUCGGUGGCAGUCUCUGCAAAGGAGGGAGCACCAGCGCCGGCACCAGCAACACAGACAUCUACAUCUACAGCACCAGCACCAGCAAAGCCGGUACCAUCGCCAUCCAACCCUGUCCUGGCUUCAAAAGAAUCACAAUGGCUGUUUACAGACUCGGAUCUCCGAUAUACUCCCUCGCUGCUGGACGGCAUGUCGAUGGAGACGGAACACACACAACGAAGCAAAGGGGUGAACUUCAUCACGCAGGUCGGGAUACUGCUGAAGCUUCCGCAGCUCACCCUCUGCACGGCCAGCGUGUACAUGCACCGGUUCUUCAUGCGGUAUAGCAUGGUCGACCUGCCACAGAGACCCGGCCGACACCCGUAUCCGAUCGCGGCAACAGCACUGUUCCUGGCCACGAAGGUAGAAGAGAACUGCCGGAAGAUGAAGGAGCUGAUCGUGGCGUGCUGCCGGGUAGCGCUGAAGCAGCCGAACGUGAUUGUGGACGAGCAGUCGAAGGAGUUUUGGAAAUGGCGAGACACGAUCUUGCAUAACGAGGAUCUACUGCUUGAAGCACUGUGUUUUGAUCUACAGCUUGAACAGCCGUACCGGCUGCUGUAUGAUUUUAUCUGUUUCUUCCAGGUGCAGGACGACAAGCGGCUGCGCAAUUCUGCAUGGGCGUUUGUGAAUGAUUCGACAUUUACGGUGCUGUGUGUGCAGUUCAGCGCGCGCACGAUAGCGGCGAGUGCGUUGUAUGCGGCUGCGAUGCACUGUGGUGCAGCAUUCAAGGACGACGAGCUGGGACGGCCGUGGUGGGAGCAGAUUGACGUUGAUGUGAAAGAGGUGCGGCGGGCGUGUAACCGUAUAGCGGAGAUAUACGAUAACUACCCGCUGCCGAAGCCGGGACAGAAGUAUGCUCCGGCGCCUACACCUGUGAAUGGCGAAGAGGCUACGGAUUCGACGAGACGGGUUUUUACGAGUAAUGAUGAGCGGCGAAGGGACAGUCAGGGCGGACAGACGAACGGGCGCAAGCACGAGCGAGACGAGGAACAAGAGCCGGGCGAGAUUGUGUCGAACGGGACGACGACAACGACGACGACGACGGACUCGCCGAAACGACGGAGGCGGGACUCUGAGGAGUCAGCGUCGCGGCCACGAUCAGCGGUGUCUGCAUCGUCGCCUAAUCCUACUGCUGCUGCGGCUACAUCUACGGCUAUCAACUCUACAGCCGGCGGUGCAGGUCGACAGGUCACCAACUCCUUUACGAAUGCGGCGUCGAACCUAAACCUUUCCUCGGCUUCUGCUACGUCACAGCCGAAGCAAGAAGAAGAAGAAGAAGCAGAAGCAGAAGAAGAAAAGGAAGAAGGAGAAGCAGACGAAGGCGAGCUGGAAGAAGGCGAGGAGCUCGAGGACGGUGAACGCGAAGAAGGAGAAGCCGAUCCCGAACCCGAGCCUGCAUCCGCACCAGAGCCUGAGCCUGAUCCUCGCAGCCAGAGCCAGAGCCAUAGCCGUGUUCCCGCAUCGUACCAGAAGCAGCGCAUGGAACAUCCACUGCCUCCGCCUCCUCCGCCGCCAUCACAAGCAGCCCAGUCAAUACCCAGCCGCGAGCGUUGA